GUGCCAUCAGUUGAGUACAGCUGGAGGAUGCUGCGGCGGAUGAUGAAGUUUCAAAGAUGAUGGUUUAACACUUUCGUACUCUCUUCAGAUUCCCUCACUUCCUAUUCUGUCUUCCAUCCGCGGCUGCCUCUUUGGACCUUUUCAGAUCUCUUCAUAAUCUCUCUUUUCGUCUGCAAUCUAGAGUUUAGAUCUCUGUGUAGGGAUGGCGAACAUCGACAUUGAAGGGAUACUGAAGGAGCAACCGAGUGAUGGGAGGCUUCCAAAGACGAAGAUUGUGUGCACGCUAGGGCCGGCAUCGAGAUCGGUCCCGAUGCUUGAGAAACUGCUUAGAGCGGGCAUGAAUGUUGCCAGGUUCAAUUUCUCCCACGGCACUCAUGAGUACCACCAAGAGACGCUCGAUAACCUCAACAUUGCAAUGCAAAAUACUCAGAUCCUUUGCGCCGUUAUGCUUGACACGAAGGGGCCUGAGAUUCGUACUGGUUUCUUGAAAGACGGAAAGCCUAUCAAAUUGACAGAGGGUCAAGAGAUCUCUGUGACUACUGAUUACAGCAUCAAGGGAGAUGAGAAUACAAUUUCUAUGAGUUAUAAGAAGCUUCCUGUAGAUUUGAAGCCUGGAAAUACUAUAUUGUGUGCUGAUGGCACGAUAACCUUGACUGUCCUAUCUUGUGACCCUUCUGCAGGAGCGGUCAGGUGUCGUUGUGAGAACACUGCAAUGUUAGGUGAGAGAAAAAAUGUGAAUCUGCCAGGAAUAGUAGUGGAUCUUCCUACGCUAACUGAUAAAGACAAGGAAGAUAUUUUGGACUGGGGUGUUCCCAACAAAAUUGACAUGAUUGCUUUGUCCUUUGUUCGUAAGGGUUCUGAUCUUGUUACGGUUCGACAGGUUCUUGGAUCACAUGCUAAGCAAAUAAAAUUGAUGUCUAAGGUUGAAAACCAAGAGGGUGUGAUAAACUUCGAUGAAAUCCUUAGGGAGACGGAUUCCUUUAUGGUUGCUAGAGGUGAUCUUGGAAUGGAGAUUCCAGUCGAGAAGAUCUUCCUUGCCCAGAAGAUGAUGAUAUACAAAUGCAAUCUUGCAGGCAAGCCUGUUGUCACUGCUACCCAAAUGCUUGAAUCCAUGAUCAAGUCCCCAAGACCGACACGCGCAGAGGCCACAGAUGUUGCUAAUGCUGUACUUGAUGGCACCGACUGUGUCAUGCUCAGCGGGGAGAGUGCUGCAGGAGCUUAUCCUGAGUUGGCAGUGAAAAUUAUGGCCAGGAUCUGCAUUGAGGCCGAAUCUUCUCUCGACUAUGAUGCUAUCUUCAAGCAUAUGAUAAAUUCGGCACCUCUUCCUAUGACCCCACUUGAGAGUCUUGCUUCCUCUGCCGUGCGCACGGCUAAUAAGGCCAAGGCAGCACUUAUCGUCGUCUUAACACGUGGUGGGACGACGGCAAAGCUUGUGGCCAAGUAUCGCCCUGCUGUACCAAUCCUAUCUGUGGUGGUCCCUACACUGACCACAGAUUCAUUUGAUUGGUCUGUCAGUGAUGAGACUCCUGCAAGGCAUAGUUUGACCUACAGGGGUCUGAUUCCACUGCUGGCGGAGGGCUCGGCCAAGGCUACUGAAACGGAGUCUACAGAUAUGAUUCUGGAGGCUGCUCUGAAAUCGGCUGUGGAUAGGAAGCUAUGCAAGCCUGGGGAUGCUGUUGUUGCUUUGCAUCGCAUCGGCAUUGCUUCUGUCAUCAAAAUCUGCAUUGUGAAGUGAUGGGAGAAAUAUUCUGGGUUAUGUUGUUUGAAGUGGUUUGUUUUCCUAUCGGCAUGCCCUGCCCUGCCCUGCCCUGCCCGCAGGAAGAUCCAUCUAAGAGGAGCAAGUUUUGCUGAUAUAACUACUUGCAAGGAAAGCUAUGAUUUUAUUAUUCUGGUAUUCUAAAGUUAACUCCCCUUUAUAUUUGUGUGCCUUUUUGUUCCCCCAUAAGCAUUUUGGUUUCAUCUGUGUUGAUUUGUUGGAACUAGCAGCCUUAUUUUGCAAACUACUUUACCAGGUUACAAGUUUUGUUAAGUCCUAGGCUGGAAUUUCAUUGUCCAUAUGCUGUGCCAAUGAGAGAUUGAGGAGUGAAUGAUAAGCCUUGUGACAUUGUCUGC